GCCGGUGCGGUGAUUGUUGACCUUUGACCCUAGAAUUGUAGCUCGGGGAUUAGUUGUGAAAUGGCGGACAGACGACGUCGGAGGAGAGUUCGGCUUGAUGACAGUGAAACCAAGGAAGGGGAUGACAUUGCAAAUAGCUCAGGAGAUGAGAGUGAUACAAUCUUGGAUGAAGAUGAGGAAUCUGAUUAUGCCAGUGCAGAUGAAGUGGAAGCUCCAUUAAGUACUAAUCAACAAUUAGACGAUAAUGAUAAGGAGGUAGCGGCAGAGCCAAUAUCUCCUGAUGAUAUAGCAAGGACAGAAGACCAGCCUGGAGGAAAAGGGGACACACUGAAUCCUUCCACUAAAGAUGAAACAGAAUCUCCUCCCAUUUCUUCUAAUUUGGAGGAUAAUCUUGCAUCUGCUCCUACCAAUACUCCUUCAGAUACUGUGGAGGCUCAAGAUGUGCCUGAACCACAACCUGCGAAGACGACACCUGAUGCUCUUCAUGAAACCACCCUAGGAAAGCAAGUGCCGGAAGAACCAGAAGCACCUGGGGCUAAUGAAGUCUUACAAACGGAAGUUGUUGGAGAAUCUAUUACUACUCCUGCAGUUGAAGGAACCCAGGAAGAUACUAGUCAUGAUGCCUCCAUAAAUGUACAACAAGAACCAGAUAAAGGAGAGCAGUUGGAAAACACUAUUUCAGAAAAUAGAUUAGAACCAGAGAAAGAUGAAGGUGUAGAACAAUUAGAAGAAAAAGUAGAAGAGGCUUAUCCAAGCAACAAAGACGUCAUCCAGGAUGAAAACGUAGAGGUGGAUCAACGUUUACCUGAAGAGGAGGCAGAGAUACAAGAGAGUGAUGUUGGCAACGAAAGGAUAUCAGCUGGGGAAGACAGUAGAGAAUUAAAUGAGAAUGAAGACAAAUUGGAGGAAGGAGAGAUAGAAAAGGAAGAAGAGCUGGAAGAAGGAGAGAUAGAAGAAGAAGAUCUUGAAGAGGGAGAGAUUCGCGAUGAGGAUGAAGAUGCGGAAGAUGCUCCGGAUGAAGAAAGACAGAGUGGAGAUGGAGAGGAAGCACCUCAGGAUCUGGAUGAUGAUGAAGAUAGAAAGAAUCCUCAGUUUGUACCAAGGAAAGGACCCUAUUAUAUGCAUGAUAGCAGGACAAUGAGUGAUGAUGAAGAGAAGGAACAAGAAACCAAGCCAAAGGAGAAGAAAAAGCUAUGGCAGAAUGAGGAUCGCUGGAGACACGAUCGAUUUGUUGAAGAAGAUCAAGCCCCCAAGUCCAGUCAAGAGCUACGUGACAUUUAUGGGAUGGACAUAAGGAGGAAGAAGCUAGAAGAUGUACCAAUACCUACCAGGGGGCGUGGUAGGGGGCGCGGCAGAGGAAGAGGACGGGGUAGAGGGAGAGGAAGGGGAUUUAGGAGGAGAGAUGAGGAAGAUGAGGAUAGUGAGGGGUGGACCGAGUCAAGGCCUAGAAGGCCUGUCUACAACAGAGAACCGGAGCCUCCAUCUAGAGAUAACCUGCAAAAAGAAGAGGAGUGGCCAAGUCUACCACAGGAAGAAAAUAAAACAGUGCCAAAGAAGACUAUUCGUUCUCAGACACAAAACAGUUCCUGGGCUAUGGAAGCAGAGCAGGAAGAAGCCAGGCAAAACUCUAGAGAAUCUUACAGGGAAGAGGAACAAGGAUAUGAUGAAAGCUACUCAAAGGAAAGAUAUGCUGAUGAUAGGGGACGGAGUGAUAGGAGGAUAGGUAGAGGACGCGGUUACCGUGGAAAUCGUCGAGGGUACCAAGAGGAGCGUAAUGAACAACAAGAGCAGCGGAGUGUAGAUAGGGGUGAAGGGGAUAGCAACGAUUACGAGAGACAAUGGGGAUUCAAGGGUCCGGAAGGAUCCAGAAGAACUGGUAGAAUCAGUGGUCGGGGAGACAGCAGAAGUGCCGAAGAGCGGGCACAUGAUGCUUACCUUGAGAGACAGAAUCGUAGAAACGAACGCCACAGAAACGAUACUUCAACAACAGAAUUUAAUCGUGAUGAUUAUGAACGCACUGGUCGACAAAGUAAGCGUGAACCGGACUAUGGGUCUGAGAGGAGAGACCAUCAGCAGGAUGAUGUUCGGAGAGAUAAUUUUUAUGACAGGAGAGAACAAGAUAUCAACAAAGGACACAAGCAACAAUGGGUUAAUAGCAAUUAUAGAUCAGAACCAGCAAGUUCUGGUGGACGCUAUAGACAUAAUUAUAAUCAACAGGAUGAGAGAUAUGAGACUAGGUAUGAACAACGGAAUACUCGAAAUGAUCAUAGGGACAGAAGAUAUGAAAGUCAGGAUGCCAGAUAUGAUACACAGGAAACAUAUUCAGAUAAAAGGAGGCAAGGUACUGACUAUAGAGAUAACCGCCGGCAUGAAACAUCACAUAGAGCAGGUGGACGGGCCCCAUCCUCAGAGGAUGUUGAAGAAAGCCGAAGUGGAGAACCUGUGAGAGAAGUAGAAAGGGAAGAGAGCCAACCACGCAGGCAGCGAGAAAGCAAAGCUUAUUCAAGGGAUCGUCGUCAAAGAAGUACAAGGCAGGAGAGCAAGGAAGCCCCUAUAGAGCAGAUUGAAGAACAGGAGAUGGAAGGGCUGAGAAAUCUAGUGAAAGAACUUAAGGUUUCCAUUCAAGAUAACACUGCCUGGAGUCAUGGUGAUCAAGAUGUGCAGUCCAAACUAGAAACAAUGCCUAUUAUUGAACCUGUGGGAGUAGAAGUUGCGGUUGAUGGACAAGAAGAAUCACGACAGGAGAGAUAUGACAGGAGAGAGAGAGGGCGCCCCAAAAGGUAUUCAUCUCAGCGACAGAGAAGUCAAGAUGGACCAGUUGGUCCAGCUGAACAGCCAUCUAGAGGAGGAAGAGAUAGAGGCUACCAGAGCAGAGGGGACUACCUCGCCCAUACCCCUCCCCCACAGCCCCCACCGAUGACAUCACCUCAUGUCCACCACCCCACCCCAGUGAGUGGAGCAGACCCCCAUGUAUUAGCAGGUAGUCCAGAGUCAAGGAUGGUUCCACCCCCUCACCCUCCCCCUCAUGAUGUCAUGAUGCCACCACCUGACAUGCAUGCUGGUAUGAGGCCUCCAGCACCAGGCGGUCACCUCCCCAGUGCAGCCUUCUUCAGUCCUAACCACCCUCCACCCCAGAUGGCCCAACCUCCCCAUCCCAACCAGCUACCUCCUCCUCAGUUUGUAGGCGGACCUGUCAUGUUUGUUGGACACCAUUACCCUGUCAUGGGAUCACAGCAGGUGCCUCCUCCUCCUCCCCAGCAGGUCCCGCCUCCCCAGCAACCGGUCCCGCCUCCUCAACAGGUCCCAGUUCAGCAUUACUCAACCGUACCUCCACAGGGUGGUCCUCCUCCAAACCGUCAACACAACCAACGACGUCCCCCUCUUCCCCAAGGACCACCUCCACCAUCCCAGCCACCACCACGCCAGCCAUCUUCAUCACGCCCAGGUCCACCACCCCUGAUGGGAGGAGAUGAUGCCCCUAACCUUCAAGGGGGACCACCCCUCCCAGGGGCUCAGAUGGUAGGGGGAAUCACCUACUACUCACCUGAGUUACAGCAGAGCAUGAAGAGAGCACCGCCCGCAAGAAGACAGGCCAACCCACUUCCUAUUGAAGUGCCACCAGAUAGAGGCAGCAGACGAAGAUCUGAUGACCGUAGUUGAUUAUGAAGAAGAGCUUAGUUUCAAUUGUUCUUUUUGAUGAUCCUCCUGGGUGAUCGAAUGACAGUCUUGUUUUGCUGUUCUACAUUUAAUGAUCAGAUGGUAAACUUAUGUAUGGAGUCACCUUCAAAUUUUGAUAAUUUGUAAAGUGGUUAGUACAUUUUGACAUUGCAGUCUAUGAGUAGUUAAUAACCUUUUUGGCAAUCUACAUACUGGCUUGCUAUCUGUGGUUCGUGCACAAGAUGGAAAGGUUGACAUGUAUGUGUGGGCUCUGCAACAAGAUUUAUAUUUAUGCGUAGUUCUUGAUCGCAGAGGUAGUUCUGUUAAGUAGCAACAAAUAAACGCUCUUGGAAGACAUCCACAGUUUAAAAAAAAAGCCUGCAAUAAAAAUUGUUGGAUCGUGAUAGGCACAUCUCUUUAUCAUAAUUUGUUUCUGAAUACUCUGUAUGUUGUAGAGUGAAGUAAUUUUUUGUUAGAAACGCAUAAUCAUCUUGCACUAUUAAAGAACUAUGGUAAAAUUAGUAGACGUAUUCAAUACGUUGAAACAAAGUUAUUGAAAAUUUCAUACAAAUAUACUUUUGAGCAAUAAAUAAUCUAAUUCCCGACUGUUUUAUAUGUUCUUGUGAUGUGUAAAACUGAAAUUAAAUUCUUCUUUUGCUAUUUUUAUGUUCCUUGAUACUUCAGUUUAGUUUAUUUAAUGUUUUGCUGUUAUUGUUCAUAAGGAAAUAAUGAAUAUAAUGAAAGGGUAUAGCUAAUUCCAGAGUGUUACAGUCUGAAAUGAUAUUUUCUUGGUGGUUAAUCUUAGAAAUUAAGAAGCUUGAAAAUAUAACCUGAAAAUUUUGUAGGUUGUUCUUGAAUGUGUUGUAUUGAACUCUGCCAUGAAAGGUGUCAGAGGCAAUGAGUUUUAAAAUCAUUCUUCAGAGAAAAAAUACCUUUAUUAGCUAAGGUCUGUGUAUUGAACUUAUUUCCAUAGCCUUAAUUUGAGUCAAAAUAAUUUCUGGGUGAGCAUCACUUAUAAUCUAGCUCACAUUCAUUUGUAGAAGAAACAUGGAUAUUAAAUCAAAUUAUUAUGUAAGAUAUAUUUGUAAUUUGGAAAUUAUGUUUUUUUAUUUUUUAUUUUGGAUGGUUGACUAAUUAGAGAUGUAUUUUAGUUUGUCACUAAAAGAUACUGCAGCUUGGAAUAAAUGUGAGAAGCGAAAGUCUUGAAUCACCCUAAUUUUUCAAUUCAUAAGACAGAUACUUCAGUUUCUUUUAUACUACAAAAGAAGGCACAAUGAAAACAAAACCAGUCUUUAUUUAUAACACGUUUUAUUGGGUCCAAAUGCAACCCAUGUCACAUUUUUCUCUUCAUACACUUUCUAUUUUACAAGUAUAUGUACACACAGACAGCUUGUCAAAGUAUCUGAUUAGAAUAUAUAUCAAGAGUAUUUCAAGAACAAUAUAAGCUCUGUUCCCAUUGCUUACAAAUGGUCCAUUAAUAUUCACUAUGAACAAUUAUCCACAGUGCUGAGUCUAUCUGUUCACAUAUUGCAUGACCAUUAUAGACAGCGAUGGGAACACAGCCUGAUAGUAUGCAUACGCUUUGCAUGAAUCAUGCAAAAUUGAGGGUACACAUGACACAAUACAGGAUAAUGAUAUAUAAGGAGAUAUGGAAGCACAGAACUGUAUACAACCUUAGGAAAUUGAUUAAGACUGCAUACACUAAACUGUAUACAACCUUAGGAAAUUGAUUAAGACUGCAUACACUAAACUGUAUACAAUCUUAGGAUAAGGUUAAGGACUGCAUGCACUUAACUGUAUACAGUCCUUAUGAAAAUUGAUAGGACUGUAUACAAUUUUAGGACAAUAAUUGUUUACAACUAUUGUUUGAAGGAUGCAUUUAUAUUUGACAUGUAAAUUGUUACUGUUAGAAAUUAAUGAAAUAUGAAACGUACAAACUGUUAAAUAUUGUUGGCAAGUGAAAAAAUCCAGUAAUAUUUUUUUAGACAUAACUUGUUAUAUGAUGAUUAUCUCCCAUGAUAAGAAUGUAUUUAUGCUGAAUAUUAAUAGUUGAACAUUCUGUAGUUAAACUGUGUUAUUGUUAUAUCAUUGCAUUAAAUCAAUCACAUUGGAAAUACUAGUAAAGUUUGUGCCAGAAAAAAAAUGGCCGAUGUUAAAAGAAGAACAUGUUUGAUGUUUGAUAGUAUAGUUUUCAAGAGAAAAACUUGUUUUUAUGAUAAAUCUUUAAUAUCUGAGAUUUGUAGUUUUCUUUGAAAACAGUUGCUAACUGAAAGGCAAAUACAAUAAAAAUAGAAAGAAAUUACCUUUCUGUUGGUGGGUCUGUUUUUUCCCAAGCAAGAUUUAUUAGGACGGAUUCUGAAAAGUUGUUUUAAAAGGGAAAGAAGGUAGGUAAUGAGCAUUUGGAAAUGACAUUUAAUUUAAGGGAUUUCAGAUUGACAAUGAUACCUAAGAAAUCAACAAUAGCAAGGUCUGAAGUACCUAAUAAAAUAGUGAUAUAAUUAUUUUGAAGGUGUUAUCAAUAGUGUAAAAAAGAAGUUUUUGAAUAGUUCAAAACAUUUCUUUAAAAAAAAUGUUUCUUAUUAAGUGUUCAGAGUUUCAGAAUAGAUUAUUAGAAAGGAAGUGUAUAUUCAGUCAUAUUAACAUGGUGAUCUUCAGCCUAUGAGAGAAGAUAUAAAACAGAUAGCAAGAAAUAUCUUUUUCAAGUAUUUUAUUGUGUCUUAUAUUAGUUAUUAUAGUUGUGUGCUUACUUUUAUACCAAAUCAUUUUACAUUUUUUUCUUUUCCCUCUCAUUAAUUCAUCCAUGUUUAAGGUAUUUGUUUAACAUUAAAUCUUAACAUAAUUCUGUGCAUAAUUUUGAAAAUGUUACCUUUUUUGUAAAUCUUGAAAUAUGUUAGAAGUCAACAUGAUUUCAAAGGUUAAAAGAAUAUGAAUCAUUUAUACCAUAA